CUUUUUUUGAUCAAGAUACAAAGAUACCUAAGUAGGUAGCAGGUAGUCGAUAAGGCCUGGCUGAUAACGAUUACUAAGUGAGUGAUGAUAAGCGUGGAAGGUCAGGUGACGAUAAGAGAGGGCAAACUCGCUUAGCCGGACAAAAGCCGGGGCCCAAACUGGCAAAAAUUACACAACCUCUCAAAAGCGGAAGAUCCGGUCAGAAAUUCUGUGUGGCCCCAGCCUGGAAGGAACAGCUUAGCGCAUUUCACUGAGGGGGACACCGACUCUGCUCACCCACUACUCGCUGGUGCUGAAUCAAUUUUACAUCCAAACCUUCUCUGCGUCCCAGCACGACCUCCUUCGACCACUUUUUUACUAACCACCACAGCACCCAUUUGGCCAUCACCAAAUCUCAAUCAUCAAGAUGGUCAACCUACGCACACAGAAGCGCCUCGCCGCUUCCGUCAUCGGAUGCGGUAAGAGAAAGAUCUGGCUUGACCCCAACGAGGUCAGCGAGAUCUCCAACGCCAACUCCCGCCAGACCAUCCGCAAGCUCGUCAGCGAUGGCCUCAUCAUCCGCAAGCCCGUCACCAUGCACUCCCGAUCCCGAGCCCGUGAGCUAAACCUGGCCCGACGGGAUGGUCGCCACCGUGGUUUCGGUAAGAGAAAGGGUACUGCCGAUGCCCGUAUGCCUCAACAAGUGCUAUGGAUGCGCCGCCAGCGUGUUCUCCGACGUCUCCUCGUAAAGUACCGUGCCAGCGGAAAGAUCGACAAGCACCUCUACCACGAGUUGUACCACUCAAGCAAGGGUAACGCCUUCAAGCACAAGCGUGCUCUCGUCGAACACAUCCACCGUGCCAAGGCUGAGAUGGCCCGUGAGCGUGCUAUCACCGAGGAGAUGGACGUUAGACGACAGAAGAACAAGGCUGCCCGUGAGCGCAAGGCCGAGAGACAAGCAGCCAAGCGCCAAGAGUUGGCUGGUGAGACGGAGGAGGCAUAAACGCACCAUCGGGAUUGAGCAUCCUUCAUGGCUGUGGUGGUGCUACUGCUGGUGGGGCAGGACGGCGACGGGAGGUCGAUGGGACGUGGUAACGACGACACGCCAUGUG